AUGAGAAUCAUAGAAAGAUUCACCACCUCUCUUCAACGAGGCCCAUUCAACUCCACAAUCCAGACCCGUUUCAAGAAACCCGCCAACACGGCUCAGACCCGUUUAGAGACUCGUACCCGGGACCCGAAACUCGACCUCCUUACAUUCCACCACCGCCGGCUCGAACUCAUUCUGAGCCUCCACAGGCUCAUCUCCGCCAAGAAACGUGGGCCAUUUGUCUCAGUACAGCUCCUCUCCAGAUGGGCUCCACACGCCGGAAUCGAUACCCUAACUGCCGGCGCUUUUAUACGGAAAUACCCCCAUGUGUUCGAGGUAUUUACGCACCCGAUCCAGCGAAAUGUUUGCUGUAAAUUUACGCCGAAAUUUAUCGAAUUGUUAAAGCGAGAAGAUGAAAUUCUAUGUGAAAUGGAAGAUAUUAAUGUGGUUAAGAUAAGAAAGAUAUUAAUGAUGUCUGUGAAUGGGAAAAUUCAUUUACAUGCAAUUAGAUUGAUUAGGAGAGAACUAGGUUUGCCUGAAGAUUUUAGGGAGUCCAUUAUUCAAAAAUAUGAUAAUAUUUUUAGAUUGGUUGAUUUGGAGAUAAUGGAAUUGGUUGAUAGGAAUGAAAAUAAUGAGAGUUCAAGUUAUGUGGCGGAUGUUGAGAUGUGGAGGGAAAAGGAGUAUAGAGAGAAAUGGUUGAGUGAAUUCGAGACAAAAUAUGCAUUUCCAAUUAAUUUCCCAACGGGGUUUAUGAUAGUUCCAGGAUUUAGGGAGAAAUUAAGGAAUUGGCAAAGGCUUGCGUAUGUGAAGCCAUAUGAAAGAAUGGAAAAUGUAAGCAUCCGUAGUUGUGGAGGAGUUGAAAGGUACGAAAAGCGAGCAUUAGGUAUUUUUCACGAGCUCUUGUGCUUGACGGUUGAGAAAAAGGUGGAGGUUGAGAGAUUGGCUCACUUUCGGAAGGAUCUUGGUGUUGAGGUUAACAUUCGCGAGCUUCUUUUGAAACACCCAGGGAUUUUUUAUAUUUCGACUAGAGGGAACACACAAAUGGUUUAUCUUAGGGAAGCAUAUGAUAAAGGGUGUGUGGUAGAACCAAAUCCGGUUUAUGAUGUGAGGAGGAAAAUGUUGGAGAUUAUCUUAUUGGGGUGUCGUAAUACUAAAGAAUUGAGAGAGUGGUCAGAAGUUGAGGAUAGAAGAGAGGUGUGUAAUGAAAAUGAACUUGGCACGAGAGAUGGUGAUUUUGUUAUUCCAAUUUUAGAGAGCUUUUCCAACGGCAAGAUAUGA